UGGAGGUGCUAACCACCAAGAGCAUGAUGGUUCUCAUCUACAAGCCCCUUCUAGCAGGUGUGAAGGUUCUAUCUUUCUUGUUGGGUGUGCAAUUCUCCCCCAAGCCUCAGUCACUGCCUUUGGUAUACCACUUCCCUCUAGGGUUCAGCCCACUUCUUCUCUCCUACACCUCCCUCCGCUUUCCUCCGUGAUGACACUGCUGGGGAAAAGAAAGCUGUGCAGAGGUCCUCAGCCAGCUAGCUUCAGUUUCCUUAUUGGCACCAUGACAUCAUCUGUACCCUGGAAAUUCCACUCUCCCCCAUCUCUGUCCCAGGCCUCAGAGUUCCUAUAAAGAAGGGCUCCCAACUCAGUAUCAGCACAGAGCACAGAAGGGUUCUGAAGCUUCUGGGUUCUGCAGUCCGAGCUCCAGGCAAGUCUCUCCUCAACCACGACCAUGAAGCUCUGCCUGACUGUCCUCUCCUUCCUCGUGCUCUCAGCUGCUUUCUGCUCUCCGGCUCUCUCAGCACCAAUGGGCUCAGACCCUCCCACUGCCUGCUGCUUCUCCUACACCCUGCGGAAGCUUCCUCGCCACUUUGUGAUCGAUUAUUACGAGACCAGCAGUCUCUGCUCCCAGCCAGCUGUGGUAUUCCAAACCAAAAAGGGCAGGCAGGUGUGCGCCAACCCCAGUGAUCCCUGGGUCCAGGAGUACAUGGAUGACCUUGAACUGAACUGAGCCGCUCUGAGGGCGGGGCAAGUGUUCUGCAGGAAAGAUCACCUGAGCCCGACGCACCCUCUCCACACUCACGACCCCUCCCGGCAGUCCCUGUUCCUUCUCUUAAUUUAAUCUUUAUUACGUACUAUGUUAUUAUUGUAUUUGGUGUUGUUUCCCACUAUUUAUGUUUGUUUUGCCAAAGGACAUGUGUCCCCCAUGGGGAUGGUCCACCAUCACUGUUUCUCUGCUAUUGCGGAUACAUGGAUAAUGUAAUUGAGUCCAAGUGUUAAUAAAAUUUUUUAAAAAUGUA